CUUUGGCAACCGACUGAUAAAAGUGGAAGGAGGACACUUCCGGUAACGACUUAUAUUAGCACCUGGCAGCGGAAACACCACUACAGUCUCAUGCCGACAUUUCUAUUUAUGUAAGAAGCUAAUGUUUGUUGUUCCUUUUGCUUGUUUCGGGUGUGUAUUUUAAAACCGUUAAACGCAUGGCGGAAUGACCCGGAAGUAAACACCACAGCCAUCUUGGACGUCCUUAAUGAACAAUCCAUCCUCAAAGACUGGCUCAGUUUUUACCACAGCGGGCGAUCGUCAAGUUGAAUGUAGUAGUUUAGAAUAUUACCGUAUAUUUAUCCAGGGUAGCUGCCUUCACAGUCUCGCGGCGCACCAUGGAGCGGUUGGACGACAUGGAAACUUUCCGCUGUCAGACGGCGCUCAUCAUGGAGGUGGCAGUGGAGUCGGCCGUGUGUGCCCUCCAGCAGAGCCUCGAAGAGAGACAGCAGGCUGCUGGUGGCGAUGAGCUGAAGCCUCAGCUGACCGCCAUCUUGAACAUGAUUGCAAAGGAGGCUGUUCGUAAAAUCUACAGUGUCUUCAGCGAGCUGUGUGUGAAAUUGGUGCAGGAAAAGGAGGCCUGGAAGGGCAAAGUGGAACAGCUGGAGGCUGAGCUGAGCUCAAAGGACAAGUCAAUGUCUGCUAAGAAAACAAAUAAUGGAGCUGCCAUUCUCAACAAAGCCAUAGAAUCCUCCGGGAAAGCAAUCAGCAGUCCUCAGCUGCCUCCGGUCAUCAUCAGUUCGCCCAUUGUCCUGCCCGGUGGUCCUGCCUCCUCCAUGCAGCCACCACAUCAGUCUUCAAACAACCCACAAUCUGACCAGCUUCCAGAAGUUAACCAGGAUAAAGACCAGUCCUGCAGUGUGACAUCACUUCCUGCGACGGAUGAUCAGCUGGCGUGCGAGGCGUUGGGAGGUGCUGAAGAAGAAAACUCUGAUGACGCAAUGGAGGCUGAGGAUGCAGAAGAACCAGUUGUAGUGAAAACUGAAGAGCAGAUUUUGGCUCUCGCGCAACAAGCUGCUGUCAGUGGUGUGGACCAGAAGGUGUUGGAGAGGAGGAGGAGGAGGAGGGAGCUGUAUAAGCAGAAAAGGUACUUCUGUGAGCUCUGCAACAAAGGCUACCAUCAGAAGUAUCGGAUGAAGAUGCACAUGUGCCGUCAGGUGAGGCCCUUCCCCUGCACGCUGUGCGAGAAAGGCUUCAACAAAGCCAAAACCCUGCAGAAGCACCUGCUGGACCACCAGAUGAAAGAUGCCCAGGAGCGCGACCCCGACAAGAUGCUCCCCUGUGACCAGUGUGACAGAAAGUUCAGGCUGCCACAGCAGCUCAGAACCCACCAAGCCGCCCACCGCCGGAAGAAGACACCUCUGCAGUGUGGCACCUGCGAGCGCACCUUCACCUCACUGGCCAUGCUCCGCUACCACGAAGUGACUCAUGCGGAGGUCAAGCCCUUUAAGUGCGACAUCUGCGAGAAAACCUUCCUUAGGAAGCAGUGCCUCCGUCAGCACCAGGUCGUCCACACGGACGCACAGCCCUACCCUUGCCCGAUCUGCGGCAAGAUGUUCUCCGCUCCCAGCAACCUGAGAGCCCACAAGAGGUCACACUCGGAGGACCGGCCCUUCAAGUGCAGCGAGUGCGACAAGGCCUUCAAGAAUCGCAUGGGCCUGCUGCAGCACCGAAUCGUCCACUCGGGGGAAAAACCCUUCAUGUGUCAGACCUGCGGGUCGAGAUUUGGCCAUAAGUCCAACUUCCAGAGACACCUGCGCCUCCACAGCGGAGAAAAACCUUACAGGUGCCAGAUAUGUGGUCAAGGCUUCUUGAGGUCAUGUGCUCUGAAGACCCACAUGGUAGUUCACGGCAUGCUCAAGCCGUUCAUGUGCGACCUCUGCGGGAAGACCUUCUUCUACAAUUGUCUGCUGAAGAAGCACCAGCUGAUGGUCCACGAGAACCCCAUAAAGGGCAUGGAGGGCACAAAGGGCACAACGGGCACGAAAGGCAUAAAAGCGUUCAGCUGCAAGACUUGCAUGAAGAGCUUCAUCAGCAACACCACACUGCGUGUUCACGAGAAGCUCCACGCUGAUAUCAAGGAGUUUGUGUGCAAGAUUUGCAGCAAGGGCUUCCACCUGCGCUAUCUCUACGACUACCACAUGAGGCAGCACAGUGGCGAACGGCCGUAUGUCUGCGAGAUCUGCCAGAAAGGCUUCAUGCUGUCGUCGCUGCUCAAGCAGCACACGUAUGUGCACACAGGCAUCAAGCCUCACAAAUGCCAGCAGUGCGGCAAGGCCUUCACGUCGUCAGCGAACUAUCGCCGUCACCAACGGGUUCACACGGGAGAGAAGCCUUACGAGUGCGACAUAUGCAACAGGAAGUUCAGACAGCCCAGCCAGCUGAAGUCGCACAUGCAGAUCCACACGGGCAUCAAGCGGUACUCCUGCCAGAGCUGUGGGCGGGGCUUCUCAGACUCCCGGCAGUUCAAGAAGCACAGCUGCAGCGACGCCCUGCAUAACCCGCACAAAUCCGGAAGCAAACGUAAGAAACAGAAGAAUGUUUUUCCGUGGAGUGAGGGCUUUGUGAACGAAUGAUUUGUCAUCCAAGAACUUCUCUGUGAGAGGUUUCAGUUUGAGGGAUUGGUUUGCUUGGCAUCAGGACUGAGCAUCUGGUUAAGUCAAAAAUUUUGGGAAAAUCAAAGCUGUGAUUUCAGUCCUAUAAUUACAAACACUUCAGCACUAAACCCAAUAAAAAUAUUUUUGCUAAAUGUAAGCUCUUGUCCAUUCACUGAGCUGAUACUUUCUCAGUGUACACCAGACAGUGGCAUCAUAUGUUUAUCUGUUAGUAGCUGAGCAGUAUGCUCAGGACAUCUUAAAAGUGUACUGCACGGGAUCCUACUGACUGAAAUGGCGGCCAAAGUCUACUGUGGAAGUAGUACAAGUAACACCCUUCGGUCACCCUUCUUGAAAAGGGAGACCAAUAUCUCAUUCUGCCAAUCCA